GUACUCUAUUACCAUCUUAAAAAUGUCAGGCGUAUAAGAAAAUAUUUAAGUGCCAAAGCAACACAAACAUUGGCUAAUGUACUAAUAAUAGGACGUAUCCAUUAUUUUAACAGUAUUCUAUAUGGUCUUCCGUUCAUACAUAUUACAAAACUUCGACGCCUUAGAGCUCUGCAACAAGAAAAUUUUUAAUAUACCUAGAUUUUCACACAUCACUCCGGUUUUACAUUCAUGACACUGGCUUCCAGUGAAAUUUAGGAUAGAAUUUAAAAUUAUGUUUAUUACAUUUAAAGCAAUUUAUGGGCUAAUGCUCCAAGUUAUAUUUGUGAACUUAUUAAUAUCAAUGAAAGUGGAGGGUACAACUUGAGGUCAAACAAAGGACUCCUCCUA